AUGUCUCUCGCAACCCUUGAUUCCUCUGUAACACUGUUCGAAGCAAAGGCAAAGAAAGGCGUCAGUUUUGACGAGCUUUCCAAAGUAGUCGGCCGAGACGAAGUGGCAGUUGCUGCCUUGUUCUAUGGUCAAGCUAAGGCCUCUCCCGAAGAUAUCAAAACCCUGUCUGAUUACUUCGGUAUCGAUCAUGCCACUCUCGAGAGCCAGUUAAGUGGCUUCCCCGACCGAGGAAAGAGUGUCGAGAUGCCCCCAAAGGAACCACUGAUCUAUCGGUUGUAUGAGAUUGUUCAAAACUAUGGUUAUGCAUAUAAAGCUGUCUUGAACGAGAAGUUCGGCGAUGGCAUUAUGAGUGCUAUUUCUUUUUCCACACAUGUUGAGAAGGAAGUAGACAAAGACGGCGUCACAUGGGUCAACAUCAAGCUCCGCGGCAAGUGGUUGCCAUUUUCUCGUUUCUAA